UUGCAAAAAAAAAAAGCAAAAAAAACCAACCAAAGAGAUCAAAAUUAAAUGUUGAAAGUUGAUCACUGCACUGAUCAGCGUCUAUAUACCACACACAUAACUGUUUCUAGAUAAAUAUAUACACAUGUAUAUCAAUCCAAAAUUUUUGCUUACGCACGCUGCCCCAGGACACAGGAGCAGUGCAACAGCUACACAGAAUUUUGUGGCCCAGCAUGAACCACAUUUUGUGGCCAACUGUUUGAAGUCAACCGUCAGCGAACUGAGCAUAGGCAACUACGAUCUGGCCAUGAGCACGAUCAAUGAGGCAUUGACGCACAUCGGUAAUAGCAAUCACGAGGAUAUCACAGCCCUGCUGGAGCUAAAGAACAUUGUGGUUCGACUGCGUCUGAGGCGUGAAAUGCCAGAUCAGCUAAUUGGACCGACCAACAAAUCGAAAGCGCUGCCUCACAGCUUCAGCGUGGAGAUGCUCGAUUUGGUGCAGAAGGUGCUGCGUUGCCGUAAUCAUUACGAGGUGCUGCGCAUCUCGCAUCAUGCCACCUAUUCGGAGGUGAAGCGCGCCUAUAAGCGACUCGCCCUGCGUCUGCAUCCCGACAAGAAUCGUGCACCCGGUUCCGAGGAAGCCUUCCGUUGCAUCAACGAGGCGGCCGACACGCUCACGGAUAAUCAAAAGCGCAUUGAGUACAAUCUGCUGACAGCUGUCGGCGACUCUUUUCGCAGCAGCGCGAGUCUCUAUGACAACCAUCGAAAUAUCGUUCCGGACCAAGAAUUUUUUGAUCCGGAUGAGCUUCGACGCUCCUAUCAGGCAGCUAAUCAGCGAGUGCCGCAACGCCAGUCGCUCUACCAGACCGAACAGCUGGUUAUUGGACUGGUUGCUGCUCUCAUUUUUAUAAUAAUCACGCUGCAUUAUUUGGCAAUGGCGCCCAACUACAGUUUCACCCAAACCAGCACGCACAGCGUACGGCAAGUGAGUCGUCUGAAUGGCAUCACCUACUUUGUGACGCCUCAGUUUGCGGGCAGCCAAACGCCGAUGCAGCAGCAACGCCUCGAGCAGGAUGUCGAGCAGAUCUUUGUGACGGAUCUGAAGUACAACUGCAAGCAGGAGCGAAAGCUGCGCGACAAACUGCUGCAGCGUGCUCGCAACAUCAACAAUCAAAAAUUGCGGGAUCACGCUUUGAGGAUGCCCACGCCUGCCUGCCACGCCCUCGACAAGUUCACUGAGUUGAUGUACAAGUCACAGCUUUCGGAAAACAACUCGAAAGACAACGAGACCUAGAAUUAAGCGGAACCAAACGAAAUUUAAAUCAUCUGUUUUGUAUUAUUAAUUAAUUAAUUGAGAAUAGUGUGAAAAUAUAUAUCUAA